AUGCUCGUACGGAAAACACAGAGUAAAAAAAAAUCAACAACUGGUACAUCUACUGUUCUACCAUUAGACAGUAGUUUAACAUCAAUAGAAUGGUUACCAAAUAUGCAAAUAGGAGAAAAUUCAACAUCGACAGCAGCAGCAACAACAACUACCGCAACUACAACAAUAACAACAACAACAUUACCUAUUAAACAAUCAUUACCAACUACAACACUUGUUCAACAUAAAAUUGAGGCUACUGAAAUAGAAAUACCAACAACGACUUUUAAUGAUAAUGUUCAUGUUAAACCUCCUUAUAGUUAUGUUACAUUAAUUCGACAGGCUAUUUUAAGCACUAGAAUGCGACGAAUGACAUUAAAUGAAAUAUAUCAAUGGAUUGUUGAUUCAUAUCCAUAUUUUCGUACAGCACCACCAAAAUGGAAGAAUUCAAUUCGUCAUAAUUUAUCAUUAAAUAAAUGUUUUAAAAGACUUCAACGAAGUACAAAUGAUCCUGGAAAAGGUUCCUAUUGGGCAGUUGAUGAAUCCUAUGAAAGUAAUAAUCAAAUGAAUUCUCGUAAAAGAAAAUUUGAUGAGGCACAACCAUCUCCUAAUAUAUUACCUUCAUCACCAGCUACUUUAAUUCAACAAGCACCUGGUAUUUUUACAAAUAAUAAUCCAAUGAUAUGUGGUGAUAUUAGUAGUGUUGGAGGACAAUCAUCAUCAACUGAUGAAUCAGAUUCAACGAUGUCUCUUGCAGCAAUUCCUGAUCAAAUAGGAUGGGAUGAUUUAAAUAUUGAUUUAACUGCUUCAUUUCGUCGAUUUCGUGAGCAAGUUUUAGAUGCACCACCAUCUGUAUGGACAACAAAUUUUGAUGGAUCAUCUGCUAAUACAAUUAAUACAAAUUGUUGGGGUUCAGAUUUAUUUCCUAAUGGUGAAGCAAAUAGUUUUCUUGAAAGUAUUAAAUUAGCAUCAAGUGGAGAAAUAAAUUGGAAUGAUAUUGAUGUUAAACCUUAUUGUGAAUUUCUUGAUGGUUUUCUAACAAAUCCAACAUUUCAACAACAAGAUCGAGAUAAAUUAAUUAAUCUUGCUUCAUCACUUUCAUCAUUUUUUGAUUAUACAGGAAUUACAAAUUUAGCACAAUCAAGAAUUGCAAAUGAAUCAUUUACGGGACAUCGAUUAUCUGCUGUAUCAAAUAGGAUAACAUCAGAACCAGUUAAUAAUUCUAAUCCACUUCCAGUUGUAAUUGAAGAUGAGCCAGCAUUCGAUUGGGAUUCAAUAGCUUAA